AUGGGUAUCAAAAAGAGUGGUAAUAAGACGAACAUGGCUGCUGGAACGCGAAUAAAAGUUUAUGUUUCCAUAUUGAAGAUGGGUUAUUUGACCAAAGUAAAUCAAGGAAGUAUGAGUCCUCUAAACCUUAUGGUAAACCGAACUGUUGUUCGCUGGUUUAUAUUUGGGGUGAGGAACAGAGUGAUGCCUUUCUUGGAGACUUAUGACAAUUCUGAUAACUGGAAGAAAAAGAGGCCUUUGAAUUCCUAUGACCUGUCAGAGUGUAAGCAAAUUACUUAUAACAUGGGAAAACACAUCAACAACUUUUCUUUUUGUCUGCUGCUGCCUGAUAAAGUUUUAGAACUAAAGGCUGACAACAGACAACAAAUGAUGGAAUGGGUGAUGGCAUUGGAGAGGACUCUUACUUCUUUGGGAUUAAUUCAGAGUAAAAUAGAUGAACACAUUUAUGUAAUGGAUCCAUUGCCAUCUCCCAAAUCUAAAGAAGAGACUACGCCUAAAACAACAUCAUCUCCAUACAUAUCAGAAGGAUCUUCCACCUUUUCAUUCCCAGGGACUUAUUCAGGGACAUCACAGCCCCCUUCACCACCUCCUCAAUUACCACCUCCACCUCCACAGGUUCUUCCACCACCACCACAGUUACCACCACCACUACCUCCUCAAUUGCCUCCACCACUACGCUCCACAGAACAACCUAAUGAAGAGGAUCCAGCAACAGCUUCAACUAGCAACUGUGCAUCUACGACUUCACCUCCGUGUCAAGAUUCAACUAACAGAUCGUUACCGCCUCUUCCCCUUCGUAAAAAACAACCUUCUGCUCAUACAAGUGGAUAUUCCAGCCAUAAUUUAAAUCUGGAUUUAUCAAGCCAUCAACCAACUGACAUUCCUGAGGAGCUAAAGUCCCCAAUAUACACUCAACCCAGUAAAUUUGAUGUAUAUCACAACCCUUCACAGAUAACCCAGUCUUACACUCCAAACAAAGAAAGUCCUGAGACCAAAUAUUCUAAUGAUACCUCAGCCAAUUAUUGGUCAUCAUUGCAUGAAUUGAGUUUGAAAAGGUCUCAAAGACUAGUUGACAGUGUAUCCCCUGAUGGUGAUGAUACAUAUGGCUACACAUGUGAUGGCCUUACUUUGAUUCCAGGUUCAGAAAAUGACCCUAACUUGCUUUCAUCCAUUUCUUCUCCUUCUCCUUCUUCAUCAACAAAGGGGAGCUCCAGAGUUUGCGACUUGCAAAAGUAUGUCAUUCAGAGAACUCAUGAAACUUCAGAUGUUAACAUGUCAAUCCUCUCCCAGCAGAAAGGAGACUUGUGCAAAAAUGAACUCUCUGAUGAAAACAUUCAAGCAGUAUCCUCUGUGGUGACUUCUUCCUCUUCCUCAUCCAUUUCAGAUUCCAGUGAAUUCAUUCCUUCAUACCCUCCCCCUUUCAAGGAUGAUUUUAUUCCAUCAGGCCCUCCAGAUGAACUAGAUUCCCUGCCUCUAUUACCUGCAUGUUUGAAAAGAGUUUCAUCAAACGAAAAGCUGGAAAUAGAUUCUUUGCCUGAAUUACCGGGAUUUAUCAAUCAGCCGGAAUUACCAAUAGAACCAGUACCACCAUUGUCUUCACCGAGCAGUCUGUAUGCAACACCACAUCUUUCUAGAUCAUCAGGAAUAAGAUUGUCAGUGUCAAGUAGUGAUAUAGCAAGACCCCUCGUUGAAGAAGAUUACAAAGCUCCAUACUUAAUUCUUUCCAAAUCAAUGACAAUAAAUAAUGCACUAUCAAAACAACCCCAGAAUAAGGAUGAAUCCAACUUGCAGGAAGCAAGUGAAGUGAAUUCAAAUCACUUUGUUGAUGAAAACAGUAGGACAAAGGAAGAAGAGAAGAAACCAACAAGUAGUAACCAUAGUAACCAGCAGCAAUCCCACCAGCGACAAACACAACAGCAGAAGCAACAACAUGAGGAUGAGAUAGACGAAACUCCACCAUUGCCUCCACCUCGAAUACCAAUGCGCACGGACCGUCCCCCAAUAGUUCCCCCACGACCUCACAGUUUUUCAGCAUACCGCAGAAAUGAGCAUCCAAAACCUGAUUUCGAUUCCAUUUUUAGGCAAUCUUCAGAUCAAGCUGUCACAAAUGGCAGCUGUGAACUCCGAAGAAGCCAAGUGGAGCAGUUAAUGGAAGAAAUGCAAAAGACUAAAGGAUUGAACAUUUGCCUUUCACGCAAUGAGAUGUACAACAUUGCUUUUGUGGAACAUGGCAAAAAGAUAUGGAUUGCUGGUUGGAACCAGAAAGAAUGCCCUAACCUUUACCAUAACCUGCACAUUGGUGAUGAACUUGUAUCUCUCAACAAAGUCACAGUGGACUCUGUAUCCUGGCUGAAGUCUCUCAUAAAAAAGUCUAAUCAAUUUGAACUGCAACUGAAACGAGUUCCUAAAGCACAAGUUUACAUGAUAAAGAGAUCAGUUGAGGGUGAAUCACUUGGAAUACAAAAAGAUCCAAAAACUGGCGAAGUAUUGUAUGUUGAUCCACAUGGUUUGGCAGGAAGACAAGGUAUGCAGUCAAAUCCAGGGAAUAAGUCCAAAGAUAAGUACACUCAUUGGACAUUCACUGAGAUCAACAGUCGUCCAGUGAGCUUAUUUGCUGAAAACUCUCAGAUUGAUCAUCGACUUAAUUCAGUGGGCAGAGAUUUAUCAUUCAUGGUUCAGCCAUCAGAUUUUGUGAAACAUCUGAGAAAACAACUAAAGAAAAUGCAUUUUUCACAAAUAAGUGAAAGCAAUAUGUUCAUUUAUACCCACUUCCUACCCCGGUGUCAUUUGAAUUUAUUUUGGUCAAAAUUUAUUGAUUUCUUUUGUUCUUUCUCUCUCUCUCCAUUUUGA